AUGUCAAUGGCGCCGAGCUCGCCCCGGCUGCCCAGCCCACCGCCGCCCGCAGAGAUCCAGAUCGGCCCCAAAUCCCCCUCUAUGGGCGCGCAGUCAAAUCGCCAGGCUUCCCCGAUGGAGCAGUCACUGAUCGACGCCAACUCAAGGCGCCGCAUACAUCCGGGCACCAAGGCAGCCGAUAUGGCAGCUGGGCCGCCGCUGGUCCCCCUUAAUGAGCUCGACUCGGCAUUCCAGCUCCAAGAGCACCUCGCAGCCCUCCAUUACUACCACACGAACAGCAACAGCACCCCGAUAAACCGCACGACCGCAAUCCAGCUCGCGACCCCCCCGCCCGGGAUCGACCGCACCCUCUGGCUGUACGAGCUGUGCCGGUUCCUCAUUUCGCAAUGCAACACCCUCAUCGUCGGGUUUCUGUUCGACUCCCCGCCCUGUAGCGCCGCCACCUGUCCCGAGAUGCGUGCUUCCGAGUGGCAGUUCCUUUGCGCCGUCCACGAGCAGCCUAAGAGCUGCUGUGCCAUUGACUACUGCUGCCACACGCUCGACUGGGCUGCCAACAUCGUCACCGACCCAAAGAUCUUCCCCUCGCGCUUCGUCGUGCUGUCAGAUGUGCACAACAAGGGCGUCGCCGUCAAGAACCUCGUCAACGUCUUCCGAAGACUGCACCGCAUCUUCGCCCACGCCUGGUUCCAGCAUCGCGCCGUGUUCUGGACCAUUGAGGGCCAGACGGGGCUGUACGUCUUCUUCAAGACUGUCUGCGACAUGUACGAGCUCCUCCCCGCCGAGAACUACAAGCUGCCGCCCGAGGCCGAGGGCCUGGAGACUGCCACGGCCGUGCCGGAUGGCAAUGGCACCGACAAGAAGCAGCUGCCCAUGUCAAUCGUCAAGCCUCCCCAGCGCGAAGGCCUUGCUCCGGGCGAGGAUCCCGACAAUUUCCAGCCCGUGGGCCGGACCGCUACGAGACGCCACGUCAGGGCUAGUCCCUCGGUUGGCAGUGCGGUCACGACCGUUGUGGAGGCCGACGAAGAGGACAACAACGACGUGGCGAGCAAGAUGCGCGACAUGCACAUCUCCGCGCCGGAGACUGUCGAGGAGGAGCCCGAGGUUGCAGACGUGCCUGUCAUAGUGGAGAAGGAGAUAAUGGAGGACGUCCCGUCUCCUGAGGAGAAGGAACAAGCACCGGUGGUGCAAGAGGUCAAGAGGGAGGCGGAGCCUGAAAAAACGGAUGAGUCACUGGAUGAUGCGGACCAGACCGUUGUGAUGGCGGACGAGGAAGAGGCCGGCGAAUCGCCAGCAAACGACGAGGCCGACGAGGUUUCUGAGACGACAGAAGCAGAGAAGGCGGAGCCCGUGACGGAGGAAACAGAUGAUGGAGCUAGCAAGGAAGAAAAGACAGACGAUACCAGGGGAGACGACGCGGCUGAUAAGGACGUCAGCACGCAUGACUUUGCCCAGGAACCCACCAAGGCGACUACAGACGCAGCGGACGACAGCAGCAAAGACGAGGCAUCAGAGAAAGACGAGGCCAAACAAGAGGCCGAGACGAAGGAGAAGAAUGAUUCGUGA